AGAAGGGAGAAGCACAUGGUUUUGCUUCUAACCUGCAAUUCCUCAUCUAGUGGUUUCAAAUUAUUGGCAUUGGUGAGAAGUAACCAAGUAUGAGCUAAUAUCAUUACUAAUAGGCCCCGGUUGUCGAUCAAAUUAAAGAAAAGAAGAAACUUAGCUUCAUCCACAAAUUUAAGGCCCCAAAUCAACAUGGCCAACAGGCAUCAGCACAUGGCUUUGCCUUUGGUUGUUAGUAGCAAAACUUCAGCUCCAACUACAAAGCCUGUCUACAACCUCUUGUAUAAAUAACCCCCUUUUCUAUGGACAUUUUUCAUCAUCAAUUAAAAGCAUUAUCUAUUCAGCCAUCAAAAGGUUCUAAAUUUCUUGUUUACUUUCUUGCUUCCUAACUUUCAAGAAAAAGAAAAAUGGAAAGAAAGACAAUGGUCAGUACUAAGAAGCUCAUCAAAAUGGCAAGGAAAUGGCAAAAGUUCGUGGUCAAGCAGAGGAAGAGGAUUUCACUUCCAGGAAAUGGUAGUGAUGCAGACAGUUGUAGUACAUCUUCAUCCUCUAUUGCCGGAAAAGGCCAUUUUGUAGUCUAUACAAUUGAUCAAAGGCGCUUCGUUAUUCCUUUGGCUUAUCUUGAAAACGAGGUCAUUAUGCAACUGUUAAACAUAUCCGAAGAAGAGUUUGGACUACCAAGUGGUGGCCCUAUUACAUUACCCUGUGAUUCGGCGUUCAUGGACUACAUCAUUUCACUAAUCAAGAAAGGUGUAGCCGCUGGAGAUCUUCACAAAGCAUUGCUCCUCUCAAUUCCAACAUGUUGCUGUUCAACUUCUUCUAUUCACCAAGAAAGUGGAAAUCAACAUAUUCUUGUUUAUUGAGUCAUGAGAGACUCUUUUUGUAAAUGACAGCUCAAAAUAGAUUGUAUAGCAGUAAACAAUAGGCAACUGAGAGCUUGUACUAUUACAGAUGGAAUAGAUUGAAAUUAACCAGAUCUAUAACUCCUUUGCAAUUUGACAAUUGAGAAGCUUUAACAUUC